AAAUUUCCAAAACCAAAAUUUCAUUGCACUUUUCGUAUACAAAUUCGCCUCUGAUCUACGCGUCCUCACUCAAAAUUUUAUUAUUCUUCUCUGUUCCCAUUCCACAGUUUUCCCCUUCUCUUCUCACCUUUCGUCCUUCAUCUCGGAUUUUCUCGCCAUUGGAGACUCCCCUUGCAUUGGAGUCAUCUGAAUAUUAUCUUCUCUGUAUAAGAUGUUGAAGGUUGAAUUCUGAUCUGCUUGUGUUUUUGAGAUCUUAAUGGAAAAGGGUAUCUAAGAAAGGAUUUGUGGAUGAAUUUGGCAAGUCUAGGCAUUCUUGUGGGAUUUUUGAGGUGUUGCUAUUCAAAAUGUCUUCUCCAAACAAGCGGAGAGACAUGGAUGUCAUGAAAUUGAUGAUGAGUGAUUACAAAGUGGAGAUGGUAGACGACGGGCUCGGAGAAUUUAACGUCGAAUUCAACGGUCCAAAAGAAAGCUUGUAUGAAGGCGGAGUUUGGAAGAUCCACGUCGAACUCCCCGAUGCGUAUCCGUACAAGUCCCCGUCUAUCGGGUUCGUGAACAAGAUAUAUCAUCCAAACGUCGAUGAACUAUCUGGUUCUGUGUGCUUGGAUGUGAUUAACCAAACUUGGAGUCCAAUGUUUGACCUAUUGAAUGUUUUUGAAGUUUUCCUUCCACAGCUUUUGCUCUAUCCCAAUCCUUCAGACCCGCUUAACGGCGACGCAGCGUCUUUAAUGUUAAAAGACAGGAACCAGUACGAUAAAAAGGUCAAAGAGUACUGUGAACGCUACGCGAAAAGGGAAAAUGUGGUGAAUGCGAGCGCGGAAGAUGAGAGUGAAGAGGAAGUAAGUGAUGAGGAAAGUGAUUCGAGUGAGAAUGAUAAUGAUAUUGCUGGACAUGUUGAUCUGUAAGGGCCUUACUAGAUUCACAUUAUCUAUGCCUCACUUACACAAAAAGACAUGGAAUUGAACUGUUCCAUCCACAUGGCUUGUUGUUUGUAAUGAAACAAUGUUGUUGGUUGUGUUGGUAUGUCACAAUUAGAAUGUAAAAUUAUGAAUGCUUUUCAUGUUUUGUGGUAAGUGGAAGUACCCAUAGCUGUUGUUGAAA